AUGAACAACAUCAAUAACAACUACCUCAAACUCAACGACAACAACCACCUCAACAACAACAACAACAAUACUAACAACAGCAACAACGACAACAGCAACGACAAUAACAACAACAAUAGCAGCAACAACAGCAACAACAGCAACAGCAUGGGUAAUAAAGAGAAAAAUAAAUUCGCCAGAUACACAUUGCAUGGAAGUUCAAAUUUCGAACGUUACAAACGAGACGAAAGUAACGAAGAGGGAGAAAUCAACCUAAGAAGAAAAUUCAAAUCAAUGCUCCAAACAUCACGUUCUCUAUCAAAAGAGAAAAAAUUUUCAUCACCCGGAAUUAUCAAAGGACCGAGAUCUUGGCAUCCUGCACAACGUCAGGGAAUACACGCGAUGAAACAUGGACACUACGAGCAAGCCGUUAUAUAUUUCACUAGUGUAUUGGAACAAUACCCUGAUAGCUAUAGUACUCAAUGUGAUCGAGCAACGGCUUUCUUGAAACUCGGAUAUUACGAUCGAGCCUUACAAGAUUUGGAUUCAGCUUUUCUACGAAAACCAAAUAAAUCACGCGUCUGGUGUCUAAGAGCUGAAGCGCAUUAUCAUCAGAAACGAUACGAAGAAGCAUUAAUUGAUCUGGGUAACGCGUUGCAUUUAGAAACCGAAAAUUACGAGGCUUUGCAAAUGCGUGCCAAAGUGUUACGAAAAUUAGGUCGGUAUUACAAUGCAAUCGAAGAUUUGGAAAGAGUGAUAAAAGCUAAUCCCAAAAAUGCCUCAGCAUUACAACUACGUGGCGAAAUUUAUUGUCUCAUUAAACAGUAUCUUGAAGCGAUCCCGGAUUUAACUCGAGCAUUACUAUACGGACACGAUAAUCAGAUAUCAAUAUUGCAAACGCGCGGCAAUGCUUAUCGAGAACUUGACCGUUUAAGUGAAGCGUUACAUGAUUUUGAUAAAAUAUUAAAAGAAGUGCCAAACCAUGCAGAGACAUUAAUUCAGAGAGCUGAAAUUUCUAACUUAAUGCAUGAUCCAAAAAAUUGUUUAAGUGAUUUAACACGAGUCAUACAAUUAGAGCCACAAAAUGCUUUAGCUUAUACUAAACGAGGAUUAAUAAAUAUUCAAAUGCGACAAUACGAGAGAGCUCUUUGGGAUUUAAAUACCGCUCUAGACAUUAAACCAAAUUAUCCAUAUGCAUUAAGUGUUCGUGGUGAAGCUUAUCGUGAAAUUGAACGUUAUGAAUUUGCUCUGCUUGACCUAAAUAAAUGCUUAGAACUUGAUCCAUCAGACUCGAUUCGUACUUCCGUUUUGAUAAGUCGUGCGACCGUUUAUCAAAAAUUAGCUCGAUACGAAGAUGCAUUAAUCGACUUGAACAACAUCUUAACAAAAAAUCCCAAGAAUGCCGAAGCACUUGCAAUUCGAGGUGACGUUUAUAAUCGACAGCAAGAAUAUAACAAAGCUUUAAUAGAUUUCGAAGAAGCUCUUAAACUUGCACCAAAUGACCCUGAUACAUUGAGAUCUCGGGGUGAGAAUUACGCUAUAAUGGGGCGAAAUCAAGAAGCGCUUCUUGAUUUUGACAAAUCUUUGGGGAUUGUGUCGGAUGACGCAUGGACAUUAUUAUUACGAGCUCGAGUAUAUUAUCGUCUUGAAAGAUACGAAGACGCACUUAAUGAUCUUGACCGAGCAUUACAAAUUUAUCCCAAGCAAUGGUAUCCAUUGGUAAUCCGUGGUGCUGUUCUCCGUUCCAUGAAACGUUAUAACGGUGCACUCGCAGAUCUUGACCAAGCGUUAACUUACACCCCAAAUGAUGCAAUCGGUAGACAAUUUCAAACACAAGCACUUGCAAAUCGUGGUGCAGUGUUAAGGAUUAUGGGAAGACACGAUAAAGCAAUCCACGAUUUGAAUAGAGUUUUAAAUCGUGAACCAAAUAAUGCGUUUACAUUAAGCCAACGAGGAGCUGUAUUUCGAUCAAUGGGUCGAUAUACUGAGGCGUUGGUUGAUUUAGAGAAAGCGAUAAGUUUGGAUCCACAAAAUACAUUUGCUAUUGUUGAAAAACAAAAGGUUAGUCGUGUCACUAAUCGUCAACCCACAAGACUUUCGUAUUCUAGUUAG